GUAUUCCCUCUUGGCUUUGAACUGGAGUAGCCGCCUUUCCUCUCACAAAUAGUAGCGCUGUAUGUCCAUGAACAAGAACUAAGAACCAAAUUCCUUUAGCCGAGCUGUGACUAUCUGAUAUGAGAGAAUUACUUCAUCACCAAGUUUACUGUUUCAGAUGUCUAUAGGAAAUCCAUGAAGUCGACCAACGUAGUAUAAAAUAAGGAAACAAGAAGAGGAAGAUUUAGCCUAGACUACUUCUGGACUAGUUUGCAAGCUCUCCAAUCGGAAUAUAUAACAACCGUUUGAAGUUGUUACAUCUUGAAAACGGCAACAAUUUACCAUUGCAAGCAGCAGUCCACGACUUGGUUGAAGUUGCGCACGUCUCGUGGUAGCGCGCACCACCAUCGUGAUCGUUUCCUCGCGGUUACUUCACCUAAACUACCACGACGGCAAGGCCAACCAUGGUGAACAGCCGGGUGGAGGCAUCAGCCGUGUCGGUGACAGGGGGCGGCGGUGGCUCGGCAGGUAGGUCAUGCGCGGGCUGUGGUGGGCGCAUCGCCGACCGCUUCCUGCUCUUCUCCAUGGAGCGCUACUGGCACACGCGCUGCCUCAAGUGCUCCUGCUGCCACGCCCAGCUGGGCGAGAUUGGCACCACCUGCUACAGCAAAGGGGGCAUGAUCCUCUGCAAGAACGACUACAUCAGGCUGUUCGGGCACAGCGGGGCAUGCAGCGCUUGUGGCCAGUCCAUCCCUGCCAGUGAGAUGGUGAUGCGGGCACAGGGCAACGUGUACCAUCUCAAGUGUUUCACCUGUGCCACCUGUAGAAACCGGCUGGUGCCGGGCGACCGCUUCCACUAUGUCAAUGGCACCAUCUUCUGUGAGCACGACCGGCCAGGGGGCGCCCUGCUCAGCAAUCACCUGACCUCGCUGCAGGGGAACGGCAUGAUGCCCGACCAGAAGGUCUGCUGAAGAAGAAUGGGUGACAAAGCAACGUGUGCCUUCUCCUCCCCCGCCGCCUCCUCCUCCUCCUCCUGCUCUUCUUCCUUUUCCACCCAUAAGUUUGUCCUGCACCAUCCAUAUCAUCCUUCAGAUAUUCCGAUAUCCGUACUCCGGAUACUGCUGCCAGUGUCCCAUUAGCUUUCCCAGUAACACGGCAUUUCCCCCAAAAUAAUGUUUAUUCUGGUCAUAGAGAAUGAUGUUCUCAACCUUGACAUAAUUGAAGUCUCCUGCUUCAAGGGAACGAUGUGGAGGAGGGAAAGACUGUUGAUGAUGGAAGAGGAUGAUUUAUACUGUCAAACCAGUGUCUGUUUUCGGUAAGUCCAUUGGUGACUGACUUGCAUAAGACUGACUUGUAGUAAUGCCCUGAGAGGACUAUGGCAUUUCCAGUGAUGGACCAUCCUUGAUGUAGCACCUUUCCCUAGCCAGCACAAAACUACAGGGAGAGGGAGAUGCCACAGACCAAUAAAUAUAAACUGGUUCUCGUCCGGAGCUGUUUCAACCAAGCUACAGUUUAAUGACUCCCGAAACACGAAGAGUGUGUUCAAAACAAGAUCGCCACAUGAAUACACAGACACACACUCUCUGAGCUCAGACUCUAGGCCCUUUCAUGUGUCGGAUUGAGGGAAACAGGAAAUACUUUGGUUGUAGUGCUAUGCGACCGUAGCUUUUGCCCCCUGGACGUUCCUGAACUCUCAUUCCUGAACUCUCAUUGGCUCACUCGAACUGUCGAGUUAGGCCGAACGAGGAAUGAUCAAAUACACCUGCCUGGAUGUCUCGUCUACUUUCAAAAAUAUACUCUCUGUGUACUAAAUGAAGAAUGCCUGUAGAAUAUUCAUCAAAACAUACCUUUUAGUCCCAUGAUUAUUUUGUACUGCAAGUGGUUGCCUUGUGUUUCUCGAUUGUCUUCGAUAUUUAGUUAUGUUUUCAGGUGAAGAUGGUUCCUGGGGUUAGUAAAUGUACUCCUGUUUAUGGGAACAUACAAAUAUGCAUUUGUAAUUGUUGUUUAAAAAAUUUGGCCGGUGAGAAUUGUUAUUCCAACAUGACUUUGCAGCAGUGCUCUAUACGUCUUAAUGUAUUGUUGUUAUGUGGUGGUGGAAGAGGACAAGGUCAAAGUUGAACUGGUCCACAUAUAACCAGGGUCGUGUUGAGUAGGGCUCACUGUAGAUAGAAAACAGAAAUAAGUGUUUGUUAUUGGAGAGGCCAUGUAGUCCCUCGCUGUUUCAGGCCGUUUUUUCCGUUUGGUACCUAAUGAACACGACCCGGGUUGAGGGAAGAGGAGAGCGGCAUUGGGAUGGAGAGAAGUAAUAACUGUACAUACCUUUUCUAGUGCUAUUAUUGUAUUGUGGUCUAUGGUUGAAUUGCGUCUUUGUGUGGCCUAAAACAUCUAUAUGGAGAAAAAAAGUACUUUCUAAAUAACUAUAAUAAUCAUAAUAUUGCCAGUCACCUGUGUCGUGUCUGUAAUGAGUGUUUGGAUAAUAUUUACCUGCCGUUUGUGUGUGCGCGUGUGUAGCGAGGUGUGACAAAUAGCGCUUUCACACCGAAAGGUAAAGCUCCCGGACUCAGACAAACAUGGCCGAUUACCCUCAGGAAUGGAAUUUCAAAGGCUUGAGCUGGGGCCAUUACAGAAGCAAUUAAAGUGGGAUACGCUGGAGGCCCAGGCUUUAGCUGAAGUCCUGUGCCGGAGUCUAAUGAGGCCUAAUCUGGUGAGCUGGCCUAAUUAAAAGGGAGGGACCCCUUUCCUGUGGGUGCUGAGUAGAGCAGUCCAGCUGUUGACUUUACAGUGCUCACAAUGCAACAACAAACUGAAAGAAAUACGCCAACCCUUUUUCUCUUACCUAUAACUCCAUAUAACUUUACUUUCUUCACUGCGUAUGAAUUUGACAUUUUCACUUCUUUGUUGAGUUCUUUACUUGGAAGUUAGGGUAUAGGGCCUCUACAUAUAGUACUGAAGGGCAUGUCGGAAUUGUUUCUUGGCAUGAAAACACCCCCUCAGAUCUUGUUUAUUUAAUUAGCUAAUUAAACUUCCAUCUUAUAGGUAGGUACCUUUGGCCUAGAAAUCACAGUCAGCUUUUAUGAUCUUCUUUUAUUUCUUAUUCCGUGACUUUUCUACAGAGAGAAAUUAAAACCAAACAUGCAACAUGCCUACAAAGAAGACAGAAAAAAAACACUGGAGUAGCCAGCUGUGACUUUUCAAAUGAAUGUUCCCAGAGAAAACUCUACCAUAAGCAUUGUGGUGUAUGUCGGUGCCUCAGCAGUUCCUCUUUUAGGGUUAGCCAAUUAGGUUCACACUCAAAAUAACAAUGAGUGUUUUAAUGGCCGGAUUUCAAAGCAUUUCUUUGGUAAUGAUGUAGAAUGGUUUUAAAGGAUGAACACAUUCCUCGGGUUCUUCAAACAUAAUCCAAACCUGAGCAUGAGUUUCAAAUCUUUAAAAAACAAAACGUUUUUGUCAAGGUAUUUUUGGCAUUCCUCAGUUUGUUUCUAAUUAGACUCCCAUACUUCCAUAGACACAAGUGGAGUUCAAUCAUAAUAACCAGAAUAAACCUGAUCUGAAAGAACUACGUAAGGGAAAGCAAUAUACCCAAUAUAUAUAAGAACACCUACAGAAGCACCUAUCUGACAUAUUGUAGAACCUGUUAUCGAAUUGGAGGUACCUAUCCAGUCAUUUUAGAUCAGUGUGGAUUUUUAAAAAUCAGUUCAUUUUUAAAACGUAGGAGUAUUGCAUACUGAUAACAGCCACACAAUCCGUCUCUAUACCUGUUCUAACCAAUGUGGCACCCAAUGUUUCAUUUGUAUACCUAGUCUAAUUACCAUUUGAUCCAGUAGCCUGACUAAUACUUGGCCAGUCAUCUCAUCAAAAUACAUGGAAAACUUAUCAGAACAUUUCUCUUAACUGUUCAGUUUAGGUUUAAAGACACUGAAAAUGAUCAAGAAACUGAAGCAAUUGUAUUAUCGGUAUCUUAUUCACAGGGGAUUCCAUAAAUAAACACUUUUUGCUGAUUUGCAAUUCUUUGACUCAAUAUAUCUGCCAGAGAUAAUGAGUAGCAAUUGUCAGUCAGUCAGUGAAGGCAAGGUUUUAUUUGUAGCUCCACACCCUUCUGCAGGGUGGCAGCUUGACAUCCCCAACCCAUGUGUUGAAGUGCUGAUAUGGUAUCAAUUAUUUAUCCCACGUCUGUGAUUUUGAGAAGCAUCAGACAAAUUCAUUAACGUAUGCAAAUGACCCUAAUUGCAAUUAUCUCUAUAUCUUGAUAAGUAAAAGGGGGGAGGGAAUCUACCAAUCCCCCUCUGUGGUGCAAGUUACACUUUGCAUUCAAACCAAUCAAGCCUAAUCUGCAUAUAACUAAUUAGCUCAACAUAUUCAAAAACCAAUUAACGGGUCUCUCAAAUAGCUUCUCUGCCACACAGCUUUUCUUUUUGAGCUGAGCUGGAACAAGAACAGUUUUCUUUUUGAGCUGAGCUGGAACAAGAACAGUUUUCUUUUUGAGCUGAGCUGGAACAAGAACAGUUUUCUUUUUGAGCUGAGCUGGAACAAGAACAGUUUUCUUUUUGAGCUGAGCUGGAACAAGAACAGUUUUCAGGUGCACAGCUUUUCUUUUUGAGCUGAGCUGGAACAAGAAAAGUUUUCAGGUGCACAGUUUUGCAAUGUGCAAUGUUCCUUCCUUGAGAGAAGUGGAGUUCGCUUUUUUUUCUCUUUCCUCAAUUCACUAAUUAAUCAAAUUAACACAUGCAAAUUGGUGUAAUUGCAUUGUUUCGUCACCUCAUGUUGUGUGAAGAAAGAAAAAAACAGGGAAGCAAUGGAACAGCGAAGAUAUUUUUACCUGAUGCCAGAGCGAGAAAGACAGAUGUCCAAUAGACCUGCCCCUCACCGCAGGGACCAGGUGAGAGAGGUGAUGCCACCAGCAGAGUGUGAGGCCUGCAGGCUCACUAUCAGCCACACAGCACACAGAUGGAACACCUUGCUCUUCCUCAAUUGCCUUUCCUCGAUUCCUCUCUCCUCCUUUUCAAAACACAUUUAAGAAAAGGUCCCCGGGAGGAGACAAUGCAUUUUGAGGAGGCGAGACCCAAUACCAGAGAAAGCUGACCUUCCAAAGUGCAUUCUUAACAAAUCCUAUCUGCAGAUGUUUUGCUGCAUUUGUAACACAAUCCCUACAGUACAUAAACUCAGCAAAAAAAGAAACAUCCCUUCAGGACCCUGUCUUUCAAAGAUAAUUUGUAAAAAUCCAAAUAACUUCACAGAUCUUCAUUGUAAAGGGUUUAAACAUGCUUGUUCAAUGAACCAUAAACAAUUAUUGAACAUGCAACUGUGGAACGGUCGUUAAGACACUAACAGCUUACAGACGGUAGGCAAUUAAGGUCACAGUUAUGAAAACUUAGGACACUAAAGAGGCCUUUCUACUGACUCUGAAAAAUACCAAAAUAAAGAUGUCCAGGGUCUCUGCUCAUCUGCAUGAAUGUGCCUUAGGCAUGUUGCAAGGUGGCAUGAGGACUGCAGAUGUGGUCAGGGCAAUAAAUUGCAAUGUCCUCACUGUGAGAUGCUUAAGACAGCGCUACAGGGAGACAGGACGGACAGCUGAUCAUCCUCGAGGUGACAGACCACGUGUAACAACACGUGCACAGGAUCGGUACAUUUGAACAUCACAUCUGCGUGACAGGUACAGGAUGGCAUAAACAACUGCCGAGUUACACCAGGAACGCACAAUCCCUCCAUCAGUGCUCAGACUGUCCGCAAUAGGCUGAGAGAGGCUGGACUGAGGGCUUGUAGGCCUGUUGUAAGGCAGGUCCUCACCAGACAUCACCGGCAACAACGUCGCCUAUGGGCACAAACCCACUGUCGCUAGGCCAGACAGGACUGGCAAAAAGUGCUCUUCAUUGACGAGUCGCAAUUUUGUCUCUACAGGGGUGAUGGGCGGAUUCUCGUUUAUUGUCGAAGGAAUGAGCGUUACACCGAGGUCUGUACUCUGGAGUGGGAUCGAUUUGGAGGUGGAGGGUCCGUCAUGGUCUGGGGCGGUGUGUCACAGCAUCAUCAGACUGAGCUUGAGCAGGCAAUCUCAACGCUGUGCAUUACAGGGAAGACAUCCAUGUGGUACCCUUCCUGCAGGCUCAUCCUGACAUCCUGACACAAUCCAGCAUGACAAUGCCACCAGCCAUACUGCUCGUUCUGUGCGUGAUUUCCUGCAAGACAGGAAUGUCAGUGUUCUGCCAUGGCCAGCGAAAAGCCCGGAUCUCAAUCCCAUUGAGCACGUCUGGGACCUGUUGGAUUGGAGGGUGAGGGCUAGGGCCAUUCCCCCCAGAAAUGUCCAGGAACUUGCAGGUGCCUUGGUAACUUCUCACAGCAAGUACUGGCAAAUCUGAUGCAGUCCAUGAGGAGAAGAUGCACUACAGUACUACUUAAUUCAGCUGGUGGCCACACCAGAUACUGACUGUUACUUUUGAUUUUGACUCCCCCCUUUGUUCAGGGACACAUUAUUCCAGUUCUGUUAGUCACAUGUCUGUUCAGUUUAUGUUCAGUUUAUGUUCAGUUUAUGCCUCAGUUGUUGAAUCUUGUUAUGUUCAUACAAAUAUUUGCACGUUAAGUUUGCUGAAAAUAAACACAGUUGACAGUGA